AUGGAUCACUAUAUCGUGUGGGUUUUGACCAUACUUAUGAUUGGUGAAGUGAAAGCUGUAUCAUACAACCAGCCAAAAUUCUGUCCAAAUGCGACGUGGAAUCCCAAUGCUACUACAUUUGCCGCCGUCAAUAUUGUUGGUUUGUCUCCUUAUUCUCUCUUCGUUGACACCAAUGAUAUUGUUGUCACAGUGAAUCGGCAUAAAAAUCAAACUCUUAUCUGGGCGAAUGGAAGUGUCAAUCCAACUACUAUUCUUCCCACGAUCUUCUCGGAUAAUUGGAGUGUGUUUAUAACAGAUACGAAUGACAUUUACAUUGAUAUCAACUACAACUCCGUCAACUAUCGAGUAGAGAAAUGGGGAUUGAAUGGAACGCAAUCCUCGACAAAUAUCACUGUUUCUGGAGAAUGUGGUGGUCUCUUCGUUGACAUCAAUAAUACUCUCUACUGUUCGAUGUAUUAUGUUUAUAAAGUCAUUAGUCGAUCAUUAAAUAGUUCAACUAACAGUUCCAUCACUGUCGCAGGUGAUGGUAAUUCUGGAUCUACGUCGACGAGACUGAAUAGACCUAGUGGAAUCUUUGUCACAGUCAAUUUUAAGUUAUAUGUGGCUGAUUACGGCAACAGUAGAAUUCAAUCCUUUGAACCAGGAAACUUGACCGGAACAACCGUGUCUGUCAAUGUAUUGACAUCACCCAACACACUCAAUGGUCCAACAGGAGUUGUAAUGGAUGCUGAUAACAAUCUAUUUAUUCUCGACAGUUCCAACAAUCGUAUUGUUGGUUCAAGUGUGAAUGGUUUUCGAUGUAUAGUAGGUUGUUUGGGAACAAGCGGCUCAGCAUCCUAUCAAUUGAAUUCGGCGUGGUCUUUAAGUUUCGACAGUACUGGAAACAUUUUUGUAUCAGAUUCCGGUAACGGUCGUAUUCAGAAAUUUGCUUUAUCAAAAAAUGAUUGUAAUCAACCGACGACAACAAUAGCAGCAACUGAGUUAACAACAUCAGUCGCAACUACAACUGACCAGUCAUCAUCUACAAGCCAGCCGAGUUCAACAGAUGAAUGGACUUCAAUGUCGACCACAGGCCAAAUUCAAACCUCUCCGGAUUCAAUCACAUCAACAACUGUUCUCGGUCAAACAGGAUCAACAUCAACUACCACUAUGAAUUCAUCCAAUCUUCUCUUCAUUACAUCACCAUGUGCUGAUCAACAAUGGACAGGCGUCUAUUGUAAUGUUUCUAAUAGACCUUGUGACACGAUCAAUCCAUGUCGAAACAGUGGCAGUUGUUUUAAUGAUAAUACUACUGUUGAUACUUAUCUUUGUCAAUGUCUACAAGGAUUUGAUGGCUCCGAAUGUCAAAACGAUCGACGAAUAUGCAAGCUAAAUACAUGUUUCAAUAAUGGGCAAUGUAAUGAAACAUCCAACCAGACCUACGAAUGUUUAUGUGCAUAUGGUUGGGCAAAUGCACAUUGUGAGACUCAAAUCAAUUAUUGUGAAAAGAACAAGUGUAAGAACGGUGGUGUUUGUCGGUCGUUAUUUCUUAAUUACACAUGUGAUUGUCUUGGAACGAGUUACUCAGGUCGCCAUUGUGAAGUGGUCGGACAGGCAAUGAUUGCUCAUCAAAUAGCUGCCAAAUCGUUAGCAUACGUUGCUAUUAUAUUUAUCAUUGUUUCAGUGAUGUUCUUUAUUCUUAUGGACGCUUUAAAAUAUGUUUUAGGCAUCGACCUAGCAAAAGAAGAAACAGACAAAAUCAAAAAAGAAAAAAAAGCCAAGCGGAAAUCCACUCGAAGACAACCACCAGUGUUCCAAAAGUUCGUCUACGUUGAUUCGGCAACAAUCGCGGGUCAAUAA